GAGCGGCGGCGCCCCGAGGGGGCCGUCAGAGCGGGAGCGACCAGCGCCGAGGCGAUAUUUUCUUCCCCUUUUACACCGCUGGCUUUUCUUCAGUGAUUUUUGUUUGUUUGUUUGUUUUUGUGUUUUGGGUGUUUUUUUUGUUUUUUUUUUUUCUACCUUUAUUUAUUCAGGGUGGUUGUUUUCCCCGGCGUUUUAUAGCUCAGGGUUUUAUUCCCCUUGCGAGAAGCAGCAGCAGCGGAGAGGAGCGUCUCCCCGUUCCGAGGCUUCGGGAGGACACCUCGCGUUCAGGCUCCCGCGGAGAAGGCGCGGCCAGCCCCGCCGCCAAGGACAAAAGAGCGGGUCCGCCGAGCCCCCGGCUUCCUCCUCCUCCUCCUCCUCCUCGUCGACACCAUGAGCAGCGCCGAGAUGGGCAAGUUCAACAUCUCCCCCGACGAGGACAGCAGCAGCUACAGCUCCAACAGCAACGACUUCAGCUACCCCUACCCCACCAAGCCGGCUGCCAUGAAGAGCCACUAUGCGGAUAUCGAUCCAGAAAACCAAAAUUUCUUGCUCGACUCCAAUCUUGGAAAGAAGAAAUAUGAGACUCAGUAUCAUCCGGGUACUACUUCCUUUGGAAUGUCAGUAUUUAAUCUGAGCAAUGCUAUUGUGGGUAGUGGCAUCCUUGGUCUUUCUUAUGCCAUGGCUAACACUGGAAUUGCUCUUUUUGUGAUACUCCUGCUGUUUGUCUCAAUAUUUUCUUUGUAUUCAGUGCAUCUGCUUUUGAAGACUGCCAAUGAAGGAGGAUCUUUAUUGUAUGAACAGUUAGGAAUGAAGGCAUUCGGUAUGGCUGGAAAACUUGCUGCGUCUGGAUCAAUUACAAUGCAGAACAUUGGAGCUAUGUCAAGCUACCUCUUCAUAGUGAAAUAUGAGUUACCAUUGGUCAUCAAGACAUUUAUGAACAUCGAAGAGACCACAGGAGAAUGGUAUCUUAACGGCGACUAUUUAGUGCUGCUGGUGUCUGUCAUCCUCAUUCUUCCCCUGUCCUUACUGAAAAAUUUAGGAUAUUUGGGCUAUACCAGUGGCUUUUCCUUACUUUGCAUGGUCUUCUUUCUGAUUGUUGUAAUUUGGAAGAUGUUUCAGAUUCCUUGUCCUAUGGACAGUGACAUCAUGAACGCAACAUUAAUAAAUGUGACACUGGCAUCUUUGGUAAAAGAAAACAUAACAAGUGAUGAUGUGUGCAAGCCAAAAUAUUUCAUCUUCAAUUCACAGACCGUCUAUGCUGUCCCAAUCUUAACAUUUUCUUUUGUCUGCCAUCCUGCAAUUCUUCCUAUCUAUGAAGAACUGAAGAGCCGAAGCCGUAAAAGAAUGAUGAAUGUGUCCUAUGUAUCUUUUUUUGCCAUGUUCCUCAUGUAUUUAUUGGCUGCUCUCUUUGGAUACCUGACAUUUUAUGGAAGGGUCGAACCAGAACUGCUUCAUACCUACUCUGCUUAUCUGGGUGCUGAUGUUCUUCUUCUUAUUGUGCGUCUCGCUGUACUUAUGGCUGUAACCCUUACUGUACCUGUAGUUAUUUUCCCAAUCCGCAGUUCCAUUACCCAGCUGUUGUGGGCAGGGAAGGAGUUUAGAUGGUGGCGUCACUGUUCCAUUACAGUUGCUCUUCUGGCAUUUACCAAUGUGCUUGUUAUCUUUGUCCCUACUAUUCGAGACAUCUUUGGCUUCAUUGGUAAGCAUUUUCACAUCAGUUCAAGUAGUCUUUCAAAUCUCAGAAAAUGCAGUUCUGAUCUGAUUAAAUUAUGUUUACCUGUUUAUGAAUAUUUAUUUCUAUGCUUUUUCAAUACAGGUGCAUCUGCGGCUGCCAUGCUGAUCUUUAUACUUCCUUCUGCCUUCUAUAUCAAAUUAGUCAAGAAGGAGCCAAUGAAGUCAGUGCAAAAGAUUGGGGCUGCGUUCUUCUUUCUAAGCGGUAUACUUGUGAUGACUGGGUGUAUGACGCUGAUUAUUCUGGACUGGACCCAGAAUGUUGCAUCUGAUGGCCAUUAACUGUCCUGGUUUAAUCUCUAAUACUCCACUUCAAAUGCCAGUGUUCACUCAGAUACCUACUGAGAACGAAAAUGAGCUAUUCAGCUUCCUUUAAAAUGCAGAUUCUUUGCUGAUGGUUCUUCUGAUUGUAGAAUACCUGAACUCUGUCUUUAAGAAACUAUUCUGCAUGAUGGAAGUGGAUAUUAACAUCAAACCACCUGAGUGUCUGGCUGAAGGAAGUGACAACUUUAUUCCAUUCCAGAGAAUGGACAGAACUCUCUGUAGACUUUUAUCAAGCCAUGUUUGGCUUUCAUCAUUGUUACUUGGAUAUUUUGUUAUUUUACUUGAAUGUGCCUAAUGGAACCAUUUGGUGUGUGAAAUAACUCUUUAAUUUACAGCAAAGUGUUUAAAUAACCAAUGAGAGAGAGAGAGAGAGAGAGAGAAACACUAUUAUUUUUUGUACCAAAAAUUCUUAUGGACCUCAAAAGCACUAUUUUGACUUUAAGAAACGUUUUUCUAAAAAAGAAUGAAAGAAUAAUGUAGAAGAGCUCAAAAAAAUAUUUAAUCGGUGUCCUAAAUUAAAUCUAGUUUGCCUUUCAGUAGAGGCAUAAUUAGAAGAAAUUUUAUUUUAAAAAAUACUUCUAAUGACCAAAACAGAAAAUGAACCAAUUCAAGUCAAAAUUCUCUAAUUACAAAUGCUUCCCAUGAAAUUCACUUAGUUCAAAGUAGAAUGAAAAUAAUCCUGAAAAUCAGUUGUCAGCUUAUUUAAGUAACUACAGUUACCUUAGUUCCCAAAAAUGGUGUGGAAACCCAAAAUUUCAAGCUUUAAAAAAAAACACACCCUUUAGAACGGGUACGUUUGAGAAAAAUGUAGUUAAUAUAGAAAUCGUAAAGAUGGCGUUGACAUUUCCCUUCUUGAGGUACUCAAUAGUGCAAUUGAGUAAAACAGGGUUUGGGGGUUUUUGCUUUUUGUGUUUUUUCCUGUUGUAGAUAUAAACUGAAUGGCACGGGAGCAUAUGAGGCCAUUAAUAUAAAACUCCCUCCUGGAGUUCUCUUUAUUAAUAAGGUCCAUUGUCAGUUGUAGCAAUGUUUGUUGGGGUUUUUUUUCUGUCCAAUCUAUCUUGAAACAGGCUGUAGGAAAACAAAAAGGUCCUAAUGUAGUUUACUAGUUGUAUAAUAUUCAAAAACUGUACAGUAUUUCUCAAAUUACUCAUCCGUUAUUGGAUUUUGAAUUACUUGACUAUUCUGUUUCUGAGUCAAAUCCACAAAAUAACUGCACCAGUAUUUCAUGCUUGGUACAAACUCUCUUCGCAUACGCAACUGGGAUUCCUCUUCCAAUUUAUACUGUAUAGUAGUAUUAAAGAUAACCUCAUAGGCUGGAUAGUCAUCUCAUACUUGUUUGCUUCAGAAAUAGGUAAGUUUCUUACGAGCCCUAGCUAGCUAGCUAUGAAACAGGUGCUGUAUGGUUGUGAUUAGCUGUUUUGUUUCUAGUGCAUGUUUACUCUUUCAUUCUUAUCCCAGGUUGAAGAGAAAUAACACUUGUAUAACAGCGUACUUGGCUUAUAAGAGGUUCUCAAACACCCCAAUUAUUGGGUACAAAAGCCUAGACAGAGAUUAUUAAUGAAAUAAUCAUGGCAAUGUGGUCAAUUGUCUUCAUCUGACAUGGCGCUUUUAAAAUCUGAUUUACAAAGUUCCGCUCAGGCUUUGUGUCAGAGGGAACAAGUAAGGGCCUGUAAUCCAUUGAUUAAACAGUGCCUGAGACUUUUUUGCUCUUGUAGAAUUAAUCAGGAACAAAUCUAAAGGAUAGUCACUGUUUGGCAGAUAAUGUCAGUCUCUGCCCAGCCAUUUAAAAUCUAUGAAAAAAAUUGCAGGUAUUUUGUAUCAAUACUUCUGCAUGACUGUAAGUACUGGUCACUAAGUCUGUAGUGUAAAACUGUAAUGAGAAGUUAGAUUCCUCUUUUGUUGUUCGUAUUAUUAGUUCGGUGGUACUCAACUGGCAAUUACCGAUCCUGGAGUCAGCACUGACGAACGCUCCUUAGGUACUUCUCUGCCUCAGGUACUGUACAUCCAUGGCUAACUACCCCAUGUUACCUGAUCUCCACAGAAGUGCUGAGCGUGUGCCUCCUCAGUACUUUGGCAGCUUUUCUUCUUCCUCUCAGCAAACGUAGAAAGGUGGAAGAGGAUUAAAAUGUUGUCUGCCUUUGAGCCAUUUGUAGCACAUAAGGGAUGAAGCGCUUCCCUUGCCAGCAUUUAAAAAGAAAGGAAGAAAGUGAGAAAUAGCCUCCUUUCUCUCAGUAACCAUAGUGGAAGGAGGUGUAAAUGAGAAGUGACUACACAGUCCUUCUCAGCAGCCAGAGAGGAGGAAGGUUUUUGUGAUGACACCUCAUAAUGUAUCAUACAUGUCACUUAAUUCUCUGAAUGUAGCAGUUUCAAGAUUUUACAUUAUGUGUUACAUUAUUUGGUGACUGGCUCUCCACCUGCAACAGUUGAGUUCCACUUGGCUGGGUUGAUUUCCAACAUACGAUUUAUUUAAUUAUGGGUUGUUGUUUUUUUUUUUUUAAAAAACCUGUCUGCUUAAAGUUACCCUCAUGACAAACCACCCAAAAGAGCAGCUUCAGUAUUAAACCACUGUUUUGUCACCUCAGUUAGACAUUACUGUCUUCCAUGAUAUUUCAGUCAUAAAUGUAACAUGUUAUUUAUAAAACAUUAAUCCAUUAAAACUAAACCUAUUUUUCAAUAUUUAUGAUAGUCUAUGUACAUAAAUUGUAUGUGUGUAUAUACUGUAAGUAUAAUGUAUAUAAUGUAGGUUUGGAAACCGGGACUUAUGUAUAUAUUCCUCUCAUUACUGAUUGUUACAUCAUUUCAAGGAGUUGUCCAUGUUGUACAUCUGUAUUAACAACUGUCAAAGGAAAGAUUCUUUUACAACAAAAGAUAAUGCUUACAAGAAUGGAAGAAAUGUGUCACACCUAAGAUGUGUAAGAAGACACUAAGAUUGUAUUUAUUACAAAUGUAUAUGUUGCAGUAAACACAGGAGUCACUUGGGUCCAUAAAAAGCAUCGUUCAGGUUCAUGUAUACUUUUCCUCAAAUUUACCAUGGAUGUUACAAUUUCCUGAAUGCAGCAACUUAACAACUUUGACAGUCUAACGUAUUUGUUAGGCCACCAAAUUCAGGCAUCCUACGGUACAUCUGUGUACAUAUGUAAAUAUCCACUGUAUGGUUAGAGGCCAACACUCUAGCUCCAGUUGUUGGCAGGGAGUGCAACACAGUUUCAAUGAAACAUUGUAUGUUUUAACUGAAAUAAAUAAAUAGAUAAUCCUAA